AUGGAGAUGCCGAGGGUCUCUGAGGAAACCGUGGCCGCCGUCGUGCCCAUCGCCGUGUACUGGGCCUACGCCGGCGUGCACACGGCGCUGGGGCAUUCGCGGCUCAUGGACAAGUACAGGCUCAACACCAAGGACGAGGAGGACCGCAAGAACAUGGUGUCCAAGCGCGCCGUCAUCCUCAACGUCCUCAUGCAGCACCUCAUGCAGCUCGCCGCCCUCGCCGUGCUCGCCAUGGUUACGGGAGGAAGAGGAGCGACGGCGUCCAAGGCCGCUGGCGGCUCACGGGCGGAGGCGUACCUGACGGCGGCGGCCCGGAUCGCGGUGGCUGUGCUGGUGUUCGACGCGUACCGGUACGCGUGGCACCGGCUGGCGCACAUCAACCGGUUCAUUUACCGGCACCUCCACUCGUGGCACCACCGCAUCGUGGUGCCCUACGCGUUCGGCGCCAUCUACGGCCACCCGAUCGAGGUCCUCAUCGCCGACACGGCCGGCGCCUCGCUCGCCGUCCUCGUCACCGGCCUGUCGCCGCAUUCGCCGCGCGCCACGGCCGUCUUCCUCACCCUCUGCACCGUGAAGGCCAUCGACAACCACUGCGGCGUGUGCCUGCUGCCGCGCCGCCUGCAGUCCGUCUGGAACGGCGCCGCGUACCACGGCGUGCACCACAUGCCGCGCGGCGUCCGGUACAACUUCUCCGACCUCUUCUUCGUGACGUGGGACCAUGUGUUCGGGACACACAUGCCCUACGCCGUCGAGGAGAGGCCGGGCGGCGACGGCCUCGUGCUCAAGCCCCUGCCGCCUACCAAGGCAACUAAUUAG